AACUACUGAUGAUGCACGUGUAUUUGUGUCGCGACCCGUUGCGACGAUGGAAGGCCACUGGGAAAGUCUUCCCGUUUCUCUCAGCAAAACAACUCAUAAAUCUCUUCAGCAGAUGGGCUUUGAUCGCAUGACACCUGUACAGGCAGCUGCGAUUCCUCUCUUCAUGAACAAUAAGGAUGUUGCAGCAGAAGCAGUGACUGGGAGUGGCAAGACAUUGGCCUUUGUCAUUCCCAUCUUGGAGAUCCUACUGAGGAGAGAAACACCGCUAAAGAAAAGAGAGGUUGGCGCAAUCAUUUUAACCCCUACCAGGGAGUUGGCCCUACAGAUCGAUGAAGUCCUGUCAGAUUUUACCACCUUCCUGCCCCAGUUAACCCAGCAGUUGGUAAUUGGUGGCAGCAACCUUGCCAACGACAUCAAGCAGAUACAGGACAAAGGGGCCAACAUUAUUGUCGCCACCCCCGGUCGCUUAGAGGAUCUCUUCCAGCGCAAGGACUUUGGGCUGAAUCUUCCAGCAAUGGUCAGAUCCCUGGAGGUUCUUGUACUGGAUGAGGCUGAUAGGCUUCUGGACAUGGGCUUUAAAACAAGUAUUAAUAUGAUUUUGAGCUACCUACCCAAGCAGCGACGGACAGGUCUUUUCUCGGCAACGCAGACUGAUGAGGUUGAAGCGUUGAUCCGGGCUGGUCUGAGAAAUCCAGUGCGCAUCACAGUGAAGGAGAAAAAGACAUCGGCCAAUGUCAUACAAAAAACACCCAUGACAUUGAAAAAUUACUAUCUGAUAUGUGAGAGCGACGAGAAAUUCAAUUUGUUGAUAGCGUUCCUGCGGAAACACAGGGAGGAGAAGCACAUGAUUUUCUUCAGCACCUGUCACUGUGUGGACUACUUCUCCAAGGCGCUGAGAGAGAUCCUGAAGAAGACGACGGUGCUCUCCCUGCAUGGGAAGAUGAAGCGGAGGCGGAAUGCUGUCUUCUCGGAGUUCAGGAAGCUCAACAGUGGUGUGCUUGUUUGUACCGACGUCAUGGCCAGAGGAGUUGACAUUCCUGAGGUCCAUUGGGUGCUGCAGUAUGACCCACCAAGUAAUGCAAGUGCCUUUGUCCACCGCUGUGGAAGGACAGCCAGGAUAGGCAAUACCGGUAACGCUCUGGUCUUUCUGCUGCCCACGGAAGAUGCCUACGUGGACUUCAUUCAGCUUAAUCAAAAGACUCCGCUUCAGAGAUAUCCCAUUCACGAGGAAGUAGAGAAGAUAGACGUCCUGCCAAGGCUGAGAAAGAUAGCACAGAAGGAUAGGGCAAUGUUUGAAGGAGGGACCCGGGCAUUUGUGUCAUUUGUGCAGGCCUAUUCCAAACACGAAUGCAGUUUAAUCUUCAGGUUAAAAGAUCUCGACUUUGCUCGGUUGGCCAGGGGCUUUGCCCUACUGCGCAUGCCCAAGAUGCCGGAACUCAAGGGCAAGACUUUCCCCGACUUCCAGACACUAGACGUUGACUACAGUGCCAUCCCCUACAGGGAAAAAGCUAGAGAGAAGCAGAGACAAACUAACAUGAAGCGGGUACAAGAUGGCGGAGGUACCUCCAGGAAGAAAGGACCAAAGAGAAAACUUCAGCCAUGGUCGAAGAAACAGGAAAUAAAGGAGAAGAGACAGGACAGGAGGCAGAGAAAAGAGCACGCCAAGAAGAAGAAGAGACAGCUUGAGGAAGAGGACUUAAAUGAGCUGAUGCAGGAUGCAAGACUGGUCAAGAAACUUAAAACUGGAAAGAUAUCUGAUGCCGAAUUUGACAAAGAAAUGGGCCUCAAGGAUGCCAGUCAAGAAGAGGAAGACCUCAAGUAGGAUGUGAACCACCCACCAUCUACUUUUAUUGUGUGCUGCCACUACAUUCCUUUGGGUUCACCCAUUACUCUGGGAGAUAUUUCCAUCCUAUGGCCUUUUUGAACCUGUUGCCUAUACUGUCUACUGCAAAAGAGAGCCAUUUACAAGGCUAAGUUUUAUCCACAUUUCCCAGAAAUACAAGCUGGCAGUCUUGGCUUGCACCCUUCUUUUUUACAAAUCCUCUAGUCCAGGGACCACAAAAUAAUGCUCCAAUGAGAGAGAAAUUUAGGGCACGCAAAUCAUUUCUGGUUAAUUUUGGGCCUGGUCACUGACCUGCAACCCCAUGGGGAAGAUUGGCAACUUCUCUUAGACAAUACUGAAACAGAAAGUGGCUGCUGAUGAGAAACGGUUCCACCAGGUACCUUGGGAUCUUGGUGUAGCCUGCCUCAACAUAAAUGAUGCCCAAAAUACUGCAGUUCUCCAGCCAACUUUGUGCUAGUCAUAUUUUGGUAUUUUGUAAACGCGCUGAAUGUGUUCCCAUUGCUACUCGUCGAAUGAAUCAACAGCAGAUUUGCUACACAGCAAGAUAACUCAUCAAGAUAACUCAGUCGUGCGGUGUCACGAAUGGUGCUGAUGGGGCAUGUUCAAAGCAAAGUUUUUUCCCGAAUUCAGCACUACCUCCCCGGAGGUUUGCGGGUGAAAUGGGCCCUCGUUUGACUUUGGCAGGGUACAAGAUAGGGUGUGCCAAGAAUGAGCUGACAGUAACUGUAAAGAACACUUUCAGAGGCGAACCAUUUUUUCCAAAAUGUUUCCACUUUUUGACCUUGAAUUUAAGGCUUGUCUACUGUCAACAUAGAUAACCUUUUAUAAGUUAAAGGCACACGCAUAAAAAAUUGAAGAAUACAGUAUUCUGUAUUGUAAUUUGUGUCAGUUAUUGAAAAUAAAAAAGUGAAU